UUCCAGGAGAGUCCAGACGCUGCGGCUGUCAGCUCCAUUUUGUUGUCGGAGCUCGUCGCAGCCAGCUGGGUUUUCUCCGUGGUCGCGUUGCGAGCAUUGUCUCCUUACGCUGGAACUCUCUGGCCAGGACGAUGAGACACUCAAAGAGAACUUACUGUCCUGAUUGGGAUGAAAAAGAUUGGGAUUAUGCAAAAUGGAGGAGCAGCAGCAGCUGUCAUAAAAGAAGGAAGAGAUCACAUAGCAGUGCACGGGAGAACAAGCGCUGCAGAUAUAAUUUCUCUAAAACAUCUGAUAGCUAUUAUCUGGAAAGCAGAUCCAUAAAUGGGAAAGAUUAUCAUAGUCGACGCUACAUUGAUGAAUACAGAAAUGACUACGAUCAAGGAUGUGAACCAGGACAUCGUCAUAGAGAUCAUGAAAGCAGAUAUCAGAACCAUAGCAGCAAGUCCUCUGGUAGAAGUGGAAGGAGUAGUUAUAAAGGCAAACACAGAAUUCACCACAGCACUUCAUAUCAUCGUUCACAUGGGAAGAGUCACCGAAGGAAAAGAACCAGGAGUGUAGAGGAUGAUGAGGAGGGUCACCUGAUCUGUCAGAGUGGAGACGUACUAAGUGCAAGAUAUGAAAUUGUUGAUACUUUAGGUGAAGGAGCUUUUGGGAAAGUCGUGGAGUGCAUUGAUCAUAAAGCGGGAGGUAGACAUGUAGCAGUAAAAAUAGUUAAAAAUGUGGAUAGAUAUUGUGAAGCUGCUCGCUCAGAAAUACAAGUUCUGGAACACUUAAAUACAACAGACCCCAGCAGUACAUUCCGCUGUGUCCAAAUGUUAGAGUGGUUUGAGCAUCAUGGUCACGUCUGCAUUGUGUUUGAACUACUAGGACUUAGUACUUACGACUUUAUUAAGGAAAAUGGUUUUCUGCCCUUUCGACUGGAUCAUAUCAGGAAGAUGGCGUAUCAGAUAUGCAAGUCUGUGAAUUUUCUACACGGUAAUAAAUUGACUCACACAGACUUAAAGCCUGAAAACAUCUUAUUUGUACAAUCUGAGUACACAGAGGCAUAUAAUCCCAAAAUGAAACGUGAUGAACGUACUUUAAUAAAUCCAGAUAUUAAAGUUGUAGACUUUGGAAGUGCAACAUACGAUGAUGAACAUCACAGUACGUUGGUAUCUACAAGACAUUAUAGGGCACCUGAAGUUAUUUUAGCCCUAGGAUGGUCCCAACCAUGUGAUGUCUGGAGUAUAGGAUGUAUUCUUAUUGAAUAUUACCUUGGAUUUACAGUAUUUCCAACACAUGAUAGUAAGGAACAUUUGGCUAUGAUGGAAAGGAUUCUUGGACCUUUACCAAAACAUAUGAUACAGAAAACCAGGAAACGUAAAUAUUUCCAUCAUGAUCGAUUAGACUGGGACGAACACAGUUCUGCUGGCAGAUACGUUUCAAGGCGCUGUAAACCUCUGAAGGAAUUUAUGCUUUCUCAAGAUGCUGAACAUGAGCUUCUCUUUGACCUCAUUCAGAAAAUGUUGGAGUAUGAUCCAGCUAAAAGGAUUACUCUUAAAGAAGCCUUAAAACAUCCUUUCUUUUGCCCCCUUAAAAAAACUAUAUAAAUCUAUAAUUGUAUAGCUCCCUUAAGAGAUCAUAUGGACUGUAUCAGUCUAGUUUUUAAAUAUUAAGUUAUUUUGUACAGCUUUUGUAAAUUUCUUACAUUUUUGUAUUGCUGUGUUUAUUUUGUUUGGGUAGCUUGAUUUAAGUAAAUAGCCAAGUAAAGUAAUGAACGUCUUUUUCAGUAAUUACUGUAUAAAAUGAUUUAUUCAGAAUAAAUUUCUUUGUAUGAAUCUGUA